UGCGGUUAGUGGACUUUCCAACCACCAAAAACCUGUCUCGCUAUUAUUUCGCGCCUCUUCGCGUUAGCCAUCGCUGAAGCUGCACGCGAUGCUCACCCAAACUGCCUCGAGGCAUUUAAUUGCGUCACAGUCGCCCCAGCAAGCUACACGUACGAACGACCCAUCCCGGGGUGAUGCAAUCGCCCAGGUCGAAGAUCCAGCAGAGAAGACUACCAGGAUGGAAAUGGUCCUACAAGAAAUCCUUAGGCAAAGAAGUAUCGCCUUGCAGUGCGUGCAGACAAAAUCCGAGUCUACAGCUCAAGAUUCAGAAGCAGCGCAGACAGAGAGCAGUGGAGAUGUCGAGCAAUGCAGGGAUCUAGAGGAUCUCCAAGACGACUUCUCGAGCAUUGAAUUCGAAAGGUUUCCACAACCCGAACACAUCCGGCCGAGGCCUAUGAAGAAGGUCAAAAGUUAUACGGGGCCCGUCUUGUGUUAUCAUCAAGGUCAUUGGGACCAGGUUGGAGGUCGCUGGCGCUGUGAACAUUGUCCGGGGCAUAGAUUGUAUCGAACAAGGCAUCGAUGCCCGGGAUGCAAUACGGUGGCUUGUGGUAACUGUUUGAAGAAGACAAUGAAGGGGUACCGGGCACAGAGAAAGGUCUCAGAGCUAGCUUAAGUGGGAUGUUUGGUGCAGUACGUUUCUUGAAUGAUGAUCUCUAAUGCAUUCAUGCCAUGCGAGCCCAUGCUGCGUAUGUUUUAGAGUAGAGCUGGCUUUGAUCUAUGUCGUCUGGAGCUACCCAAUCUGGAUCGAGUGAUCUGCUUCGGCUGUGAAUACCGCACUUACAAGCGAAGGAGCAUAUCUAGCAAUUGGCUGUAGCUUAUUGGAGGUUCAACAUAGAAGGCGGCGUUAGAU